CGAGCAGCGCUACGACUUGGCGCGCGUCUAGAGCAGUGACGCGCCGCAGCGCAGAAAGUGUUUUCGAUUUUGUGUAUUCGUAUAUUCGCUAUGCCGAAGUUGCGGCCAACAGCUGGAACUAGUUGACGGCCGGCAGUGGAACGAGUAACAUUAAAACGGUUGGCUGGUCUCUGGUAGCAGUACGCGGCACGCACGGACGUUACGUAUAGAGUCUUCGCAUUUUAAAUAUAAGCGGCUUGUGUGCCGAAUUUUGAAGUGGUGCUAAAAAGAAUUAUUAAAAUUCGAGAAAUUCGAACCGCCAUAUAUCACACACGAAGUGGAAGUUAGGCAGUAAAAAUUAGUGGCGUAAAAGGAAUAAACAAAAAAUUAUCGAAGCAUGUGAAUGUGUGCGAAGUGUAGUGCUUUUUCGCGUGUUUUUUUCGGGUGUUUGCGGUAUUUUACGUAUUAUUUGGGGUUGAUCGGAAGUACUGACUGCGCUGUCUGCUUACAAAAUUAUAUAUAUAUACCGUUGCGUCGUUAAUUAUAUGUAUAUGUAACGCGUUGUCUUCCGUGCAUAAAUCACCAACAACGCGUGUAUGAGUGUAUCUGUGUGUUUGUGUUUUCCGUGGCGCAUAUUUUAGUAACUUCCUUGUCCGCGCACGCUUAGAUUCCGCCCGCCAAAGAUGAGUGUUGUGUCGACUUUGCUGGCUCAACAAGUCUACAAUUGGCAACUGGAGGACUUUGCUUGUUUUCGCAAAUGCGGCGAAAUCACCGUAUCCCCAGAUGCGCAAACCUACGGCAUGAAUUGUCACUUCUGUCCCGGUAUUUGCCUGCAAUUCGACGUCUUCAUCGAGCAUAUACGCGAAGUGCAUGCGGAGCGGGUGAGCGGAUUAUAUCAGCAGACAGACGGCGAGGGUAAGUGUGAGCAAAGCACGCAAACACCAACACAAACUGAAUUGGUAACCUAUAAUGAUUAUGAUGACGACGCUGCCUUCAUAGCUGCCAUUGCCAAUCACACUGCCAACGACGACGACCGCGACUACAACGACGAUUUUGAUAUCGAUGUAGAGUGUAUUGAUGGCGACGAGUGUGCUUUCAAUUGCAACUAUAACAACGCCGUUGUUCGCGAUGCCGGCGCCAACGUUGGCAGUGACACUGACACCGACUCCGCGGCUAAUGCCAUCGCACAAGCAUCGCCCCCGCCGCGUCGCUAUCCACAACGCCAUCGGCGUCGCACAGCUGUUGUAAAUGGUAGCAGCGAAGAUAAGCCGCGUAAACUAUGCAGAUGGAAUGAAGCGUCGUCAGCGAAAUGUAAUGAGAAUUUAGGUAAAUACAAAACACCACCAACACCGGCGCCCACACCAUCGCCCUGGACAACGCCAGUGCAAAAUGUUAAAGACGGCACCACCACUGUGCACGCGCUUGAAAAUGAAAGCGAAACAGCGACCAUUGCAAUGGACACACCCGACACGCUCGACAUUAGUUUGGCUGCGCAAAUAGACAUGACCGCUUUGCUGGACGGUGAUGUGGAUAUGCAGGCGCACAACAGUAUACCGGAAGCGCCGCAAGAGCAAGUGGACUUGGUAUAUAUAAUGGAAAGUGCAACGCCAGAUGGUGUUAUCGAAGAGGAGACCGUAGUCGAUCCAUUCGAAAUGGCGCAAGGCUGGCGGCGUUCAACAGAUUCAUCGGAGUGUCCGGAAAAUGAUGUACCCAGUUCCUAUAGCAACAGAGAAUUACGCAAAAACCUUAUAGCAUUACCGUUGAACACAUUAAAAACGCAAAAUUGCGAAAAGCCCUUGGUCAACGAGAAUGAGCAUAGUACCGAAGUGAUCUUUUAUCUGCUUGAAGCUUACAAAAAAAACGAAAAGCUGUGGAAUCCCAAUCACUCGCAAUACAAAUACAACGCCAAUCGUAAGAUGUUUGAGGAACUGUCGCGCCCACUAUUGCGUGACAUGAACUACUCAUUGGACGGCUCCGAGAUCUAUGCGAUCAUUAAAAGUCUACGCUCACGCUAUCGACUGGAAUUGGCUAAAGCGCGCGAACGUAAGGGCAAAUAUAAGACACGUUUCAAAUAUUUCGAGAAAAUGGAGUUUCUGCGCGAUAUUAUCGAGAAUAAACGUGCCGCACGUAAAGUCAAGAAACAAUUGGAUAGUUCGGUUACUGAUAAAUCACUUGACGAAGACUGUACAGGGUCGCCACGUUCCACACAUAAUCGUACCGUGCUCACUUAUCUUUUGGACGCCUUUCGUAGUCAGGAAGCGCUCUGGAAUCCGCAGCAUCCCAACUAUUUGCUUUGUAAUAAGAAUGAACUAAUGCGUGAGAUCUCAAUAAAUUUGCUGUUGGAGAAAGAUGUUAACAUGACCGCGGAUGAAUGUUCCACAGAGAUACAAAAACUACGCACGCGUUUUCGGCGUGAAUUACGUAUCGUACACGAACAAAAAGGGCUGUAUGCGCCUAAAUUGUGGUGCUUUGAACAAAUGGAGUUCCUGCAGAAGAUCUUUGAAGAUCAGCUGUGCGAUCGACUAAAAAAGCGCAAAGGUGUUAUCGCUUGCAAACCAAAGAUACAAUAUUUAAAAGCCAAAUCGAUCGAUUUUAACAGUAACGAUGAUCACCUGACCUUCAUUGAGAUCUACAAGAGCUAUUCAGCGCUUUGGGAUGUCGAUCAUCCUGAUUAUCGUUCGACCACAUACCGCAAUGAGGAACUCAAUCAAAUGCUCGAAGAAGUUAAUCUGAUGCUUGGCAUUGAUAGUACAUUGGAAGAAUUGCAGAAAACCUUAUACGAAAUGCGUAAAGAGUUUUCAGCUGAGAAGCAUAAGCGUCUAGUCGAAAUCAAUAAAAUCAACACAACACCUCCACCACCGCCACCGUCAAUUAUACAAACGAAGCUGAUGGAGUUUCUCGAUGUUAAUCUAGGUCCAUUUCGCUGUGAUGUUUGCGCUGAACUAAUUAAGACCUCCGAUCAGUAUAAGAUUCAUAAGUCUGGUCAUGAUGGUAUGCAACCAUUUAUUUGUACGCUUUGCGGUAAGGGUUUCCAAAUACCCGGCAAUCUCACCAUACACAUACGUCGACAUAAAGGUGACUUUCCGUAUGCUUGCGAAGUGUGCGAUAAGAAAUUUGCUACAUCCACCGAGGUUGCGAUUCAUAUGCGUAGUCAUACAGGCGAGCGCCCCUAUAUCUGCAACUUCUGUGGCAAAUCCUUCAAAACUUGGUCCUUUUACGACACACACCGACGCGCUCACCUCAAUCAGUCGAACUUUCAUUGUCCCAUCUGUGACAAGGCCUUCUACGAGCGCAACCGUUAUACGGAUCACAUGAAUGGCCAUUUGAAUAUACGUAAACAUGUUUGUGAUGUGUGCGGCAAAGCCUACACCACAUUCGCCAAUCUGAAGAAGCACAACGAACUGCAUUUGCCUGUAAAGAAGUAUAAAUGCGAUAUUUGCGGGCAGCGUUUUGCGCAAUUCGCAAGCGUGCGUUGGCACAAGCGUAAAACGCAUGCGCAGACGCACGACAAGCGGCACGAACAGAUGGAACAGUGAUGUGGGUGAAAUGAGUCGAGUUAUUGUUGAAAGUUAUAUGUAUUUUAAUUGUUGUUAAGAAGUUUUUCCAUAUAGUUCCACUUCACUGCUGGUGAUUGAAACAAAGUUUAACUUAGUUAUUACUUAUUAGUGUAUGUACUAGUAAUUUAUAAAUUUUUAUUUUUAAGAUUUUACGUUAAACGAAUCCUAAAAAUAGCAAAUGCCAGUAUAUGAAUAUGUAAUAGUAUAUACACACAUAUUAGGGUGUACCUUUUUCCAAAGUUGAUUUUUGGUUUUAAACGCUCUUCAAGUUUCAGUUGUUUGCCCUAAAAAAUGAUCCAACUUGAAGCGUUUUAUAUUCAAUUUAAAACGUAUGUAAAUCAUUUUUUUUCUAUAUAUUUUAUAUAGGAUUCUUCGAUCUCUCGCAACAACUUUUCACACCAAAGCUCAUAAACAUACAACUUUGAGGAAUUUAUAUUAUAAUACAAAAGGGUUAAAAACGUUUUUUCUCGAGUACUACUUGUAUAGAAAAAAGUUAUAUGCCAAAGUUAUACGUAAUAAAAAGAUCUACACUAAUGUUUGGACUACUUUUUCACAUAACCUUAAAAUUUAUGUAAAAAUUUUAAAUAACAAAUUAUUUUAGGUUUUUAAUUUUUAACUUUUAUAAAAAAAAAACUUUUUAAAUUGAAAUUUGAUCUAGACUAAAACGGAAAAUUCAGGGGCGUUUGCAAAAAAAAUCAACUGGUGGAAAUAGUUGACACCCUAACACAUACAUAUGCACGUAAAUACGUAAUAUAUACAUAUGUAAGUAAGCAUGUACUUAGCCAGUUGAUAGUGAGUAGUCAGUAGUUGUUAGUUGUUAGUUGUAAGUAAAAUAAACAAUUACAAGUAUUAUGCACACAAUCAAUUUUAAAGUGCCUUUAGCGGUAUUUACGAGUAACAGACCUACAUUCAUAGCUACCUAUAUAAAAGAAAUGUAAACACCUGUACGUAAGCUGCCAGCGCAUUUUAAAUGUUUUGGAGUGGCAUCUACUUAAAGUUCUCAAAAAUAUAAAUAUAAAAAAUAACAAUAAAUAAUGUAGUGCUGCAAUUGUUGUUAAAUAGUUAAAACAAACUUUACUUAGCAUUUAGAUGAAAUUAAACAACAAAAAAUUGUACACGUUACUUCGACAUACAUAUCUACACUUAUGCACUUGCACACGUUUAUGCGCUUAAACAAAUACAAAAACGAUAGCAUAUUUUUGGAGUAUCUAAAACGUCACGCUCAGAAAAAUAUAUUGAGCUACUUAAAAAAAUAACUAAAGAUAGACUAGCACAAUGCAAGAUUUGUUACAUUACGGCUGUCACUUGCGAAACUUAAGUUCAGUUAUACCACACGAAAACACUUUUUGCACACGUCAAAAUGCAUACAUACAUAUAUAGUUACAAUUUUUUAGGGUGUUAUAUCCACUUGCAGGUCAUAAAAAAAUGCGUUUUUUUUUUAAUUUUUGUUUUUUUGAAGAAUCAUUGUUGUACUAAAUAAAUAAAAGUAUUGUAUAUUUACAGAAUUCUAGUUUUCCAUGAUCCCGUAGCCGAUUGUAGUCGGUGUGAAAGAUUUUUCUACUUAAAAUUAGCUGUCUUCGAUACGCCAAACCUUAAUCUCCAGCGAAUCAAUCAUUUCUUUUUCAUAAAAAAAAUAAAAUAUUUUAUUUAAACUUUUUAUUAUUCCAGUGAUGCAUAUUUUAAAAAGAUUUUCUGAAAUUUUCAAAGGAAAAUAUUCAAAACUCGGCCAUUACAACAUCAUUUCCGACAGUCUCUAGGAAAAAGGGUACCUCCCCGUUGACAACAGUACUUCUUACAGGAUCAUCAAAAGUAAAAAAAAAAAAUACGUGCUUUAGCUAAGACCAUAAACUAGAUGCAGACUUUAAAAUUAUGGUGAAAAUUUCUCGACGUUUUUGUUUUUUUUUAAAUAGUUGUAAUUUAACAAAAAAACAACUUUCGUUCAAGACCUAGUAAAAUAUAUCUCGGAGACCUGUGUAAAAUUGUGUUAAGAUCGGUUGAGUAGUUUGCGAGAAAUCUUGACAACCGACUUUGAAAACACAGUUUCGAGAAAAACGCGUUUAAAGUUGUAAGUAUGUAACUAUAUAGCUGACCUCGAAUGCGUAGCUUUUCAGGGCUGUAGCUCCAAAACUACUACUCGGAUCAACUUGGGAAUUUAGAAUACUAUUCUAAAGAUGUUAUAUAAUUAAAUAAAUUAAUAAAAACUUUUUUGAGACCAUGAAACCCAUGUAACCCCUUACUUCUUUAUAAUAUUUAUUAAUCUUUUUUUAUUAAUAAUGAAUAAAAUUAAACUUUUUUAAUUUCUGUUUUCACAUUUUUUUAGUUCAUCUAUUUAAUUUUUAAGCAUAAUUUUUUAUGUAAAAAUGUUUUUUUAAUCAUUCUGUUUUAAUCUUUUAUAUUUUUAAUCAUAAUUUUUUAUUAAUAU